GCCGCCGUGUGAUGACGUAAGCGGAAGCGCGGAGGGGUCCUUUCCCUUGGCCGCUCGGCCCAAGGUGCCUGCGGAGCUCGCGCGGGCGCGGGUCGGGGGGCGCCAUGAUGGUGGGCAGGACCAGCGCCAUCGCCGCGGGGCUCUGCGGGGCGCUCUUCAUCGGCUACUGCAUCUACUUCGACCGCAAGAGGCGAAGCGACCCCAAUUUCAAGAACCGGCUGCGGGAGCGAAGGAAGAAACAGAAGCUUGCCAAAGAGAGAGCAGGGCUUUCCAAGUUGCCUGAUCUGAAAGAUGCUGAUGCGGUUCAGAAGUUUUUCCUUGAGGAGAUUCAACUUGGCGAGGAACUGCUAGCUCAAGGUGAAUAUGAAAAAGGUGUUGAUCACUUGACCAAUGCCAUUGCUGUGUGUGGACAGCCCCAGCAGCUACUACAAGUUCUACAGCAGACUCUUCCACCACCAGUGUUUCAAAUGCUUCUAACUAAGCUCCCUACAAUAAGCCAGAGAAUUGUAAGUGCACAGUGCUUGGCUGAAGAUGAUGUUGAAUGAGGUCACACCACAACGGGGGGAAAAAAAGUUUUCUUACCCCAGAAGAUGAGCAUCAGUAGGGGGAUAAAGGGGCAAACAUAGUAGUUAAUGGACUGUGUACCACAUCGGGUUCUACCAGAGUUAAAAUUAACUUUGUGUAGGUGGGUUUCGCAGGAUUUUAUUUAUUAUCCCAGUGAAAAGUGUAUUUUGAUAAGAAUUCAUUUUAUAAAUACACUGUGUUGAGUUAUCAAAGUAUCACUUCAUUAUUAUUAAAAUACACACUUGUAAUGUUGUACAUAUAAGACAUAAAACUACGACCUAUUGAAAACCCAAUGCUCAUUUUUGAAAAAAACAAAGUUAUGGCAAUAAAGAUUUAUCUGCA